UUGUUGGCCAAUCAACCCCUUAGGGAAAUUUCAUAUUAUUAACGAACUAUUCAAUAGCGGCAUCAUUCUUUUUUCUAUUCCCGAAUAUAAUAUGCAGCUUUAGGAGUUCAAUAAAAUUGAUUAAUACAUUUUAGAGCCAGUAGCUUUUCAAUACAUUUGCCAACACAUCUUAAUGACUAAAGAUUUUGCAUGUCUUAUGAGUUAGCACCAAAACAAAAAAUUGCAUGUCUUGUGCACUCUCAUACAAUGGCUUCCCUUUGGUUAUCUGAUUCACUGAAUUAAGGAGGUAAAUUUGGGGGUAUUUACACACUAAUCUGAAUUUUGUAUUUAACCAAAUCCCGUUUUAGGAUAUGAUUGGUGCUCUCCUAUCCAAGCAUGACUGGCUUCGAUCCAUCCGGAUGGCUUCAUAUGGAUUUUUGUUAUAUGGUCCUGGUACUUACGCAUGGUACUCGUAUCUCGACAGAUGUAUGCCCAAGCAAACAGUGGAGAAUAUAUUAAUGAAGGUUGUAUUAAACCAAAUUGUACUAGGUCCUGCUGUAAUUGCUGUUAUCUUUGCAUGGAAUAAUUUAUGGCUGGGGAAACUUUCAGAUCUUCCGAACAAAUAUCAGAAAGACGCCCUUCCAACUCUACUUUUUGGAUUUAGGUUCUGGAUCCCUGUCAGUGUAUUGAACUUUUGGGUGAUUCCUCUUCAAGCUCGUGUUGCUUUCAUGUCGAUGGCUUCUAUAUUCUGGAAUUUUUGGUUGUCAGCAACUAUGAGCAAGUAACUGUCAUCGAAGUGAUUGACAGGGGAAAGCAGGAUGCGCAAUUGAUAUAACAGUCUGUCUGUCAAGACAAAAAUGGUGUCUGGAGGCACUAGUUGAAACCUUUCUGAUUUUCCAAAGGUGAUUUGCACUAGCGUUCCACAGUGUCUCAGCUGGCACCUCGUUACACAUGAAAUGUUAGAGAAUUUGUUUCGCCAUUGCUAUAAGUUCUCCAGGAGUGGAGCUUUCUUCGGUUUAUGACUCCAGUACUAUCAUGGAAGGCAUUUGAUUGGCUAUUUUGACCAAAUUAUUUCAUUAAUUUUCUUUCUUUCUUUGGUUCUUGGCCUUCUUUUCCCCGUUAGGUAUUGGCUCGAGCCAGAUGACAUAUAUGCAAAAGGAAGUUUUUGUAGUAUACAAUUUGAAAGCAAGUGCUGCUGCACUUCCAUAUAGGAAGUCAUCAUGUCAAAUUUCUCUAUGA